AUGGCUUCUGGGUCGCCGUCGUCCUCUCCGGACACUGCGACUGGCUCAGGUACAGACCCUGCCCGGCCUGACACAGGGGAGCCCCUAGGUGGAGCAGGCUCGGACUCUGACUCGGACCUGGGUUUGAGUAAAUUUGACUGCAGCGGCAUGGAAAUGGGGGACCGGCUGGAGGGAGACGAGCUGGAGCGGGAGUUCGAGUCUGCAGCCGACCGGGUACGAGAUCUGGUUCAGACGGCCAGCAGAGACCAGCUACUGUACCUAUAUGCACGCUACAAACAGGCCAAAGUGGGAAAGUGCAAUACAACAAAGCCUGGCUUCUUUGACUUUGAAGGACAGAGAAAAUGGCAAGCCUGGAAGCAGCUUGGAGACAUGGAGGCGGAGCAGGCAAUGCAGGAGUACAUUUCCUGUGUCAAUGUGUUAGACCCUGAAGGCAGCACGAAGGAAAGACGAGGGGCGGAAAGAAGAACAGGCUUUGGAGGAGCAGCAGUCAGCUCUCUGUACCAGGAGGAGAUGAUCAGGGAAGAGGAUAAAAACAUCUUUGACUACUGCAGAGAAAAUAACAUUGACCACAUCAGCAAGGCCAUCAGCUCCCAGAAAGUGGAUGUCAAUACUAAAGACGAAGAGGGUCGGGCUCUCCUGCACUGGGCCUGUGACAGAGGACACAAAGAGCUGGUCUCUGUAUUACUGCAGCACAAAGCGGACAUCAACAGUCAGGAUAAUGAAGGACAGACGGCGCUACAUUAUGCAUCGGCGUGCGAGUUUGCCGACAUCGUGGAGCUCCUGCUGAACGCUGGAGCCGACCCGUCCAUCAAAGACAUGGAGGGCUCUCUCCCUGAGGAGGUCACUGAAUCCAGUGCCAUCUCCUCUCUCCUGCGUCAGUACACUGCUCCAAAAGGCUAGAUCAACUUCCUCCACCCGGUCCCCGCCCCUAUCCUCGUUCAUCUUCUGUUCAUCCCCCGCAGUUGGUAGACCAUGAUUGCAAAGGUUUUAUUUGACUUUAUUUCCAUAUACUUGAGGUGAGUUUGAUUUCAUUGGCUUAGUUUUUUGGAACCACAGGGUGUAAACAUUAGCGGCUCUGUUUGGUAAGACCCAUGAAAUGAAGCACUCCACAAGUAUUUUCAUUAAUCUAAAUACUAUAUAUUGACUUUAAAUACCCAGUAGGGUUGGGUGAUAUGAAUAUUACUGUGAGAUGAUAAAGAUCAACUGGUUAAGAUUUUGCUUUACAGAGGUGGCUGCACCUUUAAUAUCUCCUCUGAGCAGGUAUGUGUAUAGGCAAUAUUGGGAUGACAGGCCUUGUGCAUCAGUGUGAUGAAGUGUCGGAUAUGUCAGGCCGGAAAAGUUAUAUCACAGUGUAUCUCUGGUUAUUGUGAUAUAAAAUUAAAUACUGUAAUGGAAGAUUUUAUACAUAACCCUCACUCCUACUGCCCAGGUCUGACAAUCAGCCAGACUCUCUGACCAUUUUGUUCAUGAUUCAGUUGUAUUAUGUUCAAGGAAUGCUUUAGUCAUUUAUCACAUUAAAGUCUUCAACAAAUGUGUUC